UGCUGCUCUUCCUGUUCCUGCGGCUGCUGCUGCUCCUCCUCCUGCUCCUCCUUCUCGUCCCUCAUCGUCCCUCCGUAGCCAUUUGGCUCAAGCCGGUGGCCUUACGUAUUCUGAUUCCGUGCCUUGCACUUUAUCUCGGCAUCGGCAAGCAUAAUGUCGUUCACACGCCUUGCCGUCGCGUCCAGCCUCGUCCACGCCAGCACCCUGGCGCUUGAAGUAGGCUCCAAGGAGAAGAUCGCCUCUGCGGACCGGCUGGUCGCCCACCAGACGCCGGAGGAGCUGGGCUUCUCCGACACGGGCGACGCUGAAGACGCGCAGAGCUACGCGAAGGCCCAGUUCAGCGAGGAGUUCUGCCUGGACAUCGGCGCAAAGGGCUUCCCGAUCCCCACGUUCCAGAUGCUCCAGGCGGCCAACUGGGACGCGGCGACGUACUUCUCGCAGCUGCAGGGGGCGGGGUACGCCGAGGACGCGCUCCAGAUGACCGGCCCGGACGCGGCCCUGCUGAAGAAGGACUGCAUGAAGGAGCGCGCUCACGGCAGGGUGAAGCACAUCUUUGUGGGCGAUUCGCAGAUGAUGGCCCUCCGCAACGCGUUUAGCCGCCUGAACAAGUGCCCCGAGCUCUGGUGGGGCAACACCACUGCGAAUGACAUGGACGAUCUGGUGAAGUCGGUGCAGAGGAGCACGAACGGUAAGUCGAAGGUGAAGAGCAGGGCACGCUUCCACUCCCGCACCGAGCAGGGCCCCGAGCAGCACCCGCCCACGGGCUGCACGGAGGAUGGCAUCGGUUCCUUCAUCCACUGGGACGGCUGGGCCCGCCACGAGCUGCCCGUGAAGGAGAUCAAGACGGAGAUGGACGCGGUCGGUGUGGACAUUGCAGAGGGGGACACCGUCGUCGUCUGGGUUGGCUCGAACUUCAUCCCAGCAAGGCACAGGAUGUCGAGCCUGCUCGAUGCCAUCAACCAGCUCCACGAGAUGAAGGUCAAGCUGAUCUGGGACUCGCCGACCUUCCAGGACGAUGUCAUCAUGGCUGCCACGACGACCAAGGACGCCGGGCGCGACCCGCGCACUAACGUCCCCAUCACCUUCAACACCAUCAGCAGGCGCAAGAUGAAGGGUGAGAUCGGGUCGGGCGAGUAUCGCACGGAGAAGAGUCUCUACGUGCAGGGCAUCGAGGUCCCCACCACGAAGCGGUGGCAGAUCUCCAACCGCUACCGCGGGCUCCAGUGCGAUGGAAUCCACAGCGACAUGCGCGCCAGGGACCCCCUCUUCUACGACCUGCCCUGCCCCAUGGGCGAGCAGAAGUACGGCCAGUCCACCUACUGCGCCUGGGUGGAGCCCUUCAAGAGGAGCGAGCUGAGCAGCCUGUGCCCGGUGGCCACCGGACUGGACGACCUGGUGCUGCAGAGCGGACUCUAUUCCAUGUGCGCCGCCCACGAGGAGCCGUUCUGCUACCAGCACACCGAGCACAUCCGCUGAGAGCUGGGGACUCGCCGCGAGGGUCAUACACAUGGGCCGCGUUCAGACUCGUAACGCUCGCUCAUCUCUGCUUUUUCCCCAAUGAUGCUCGGAUUUUCACAGGAAGCCACACGCAAGUGUACUUCUGGUUUGUAGGUUGGGGGGAGGCAUGGUAUGUGGAGGGGACUGGGUGGGCUGGAAGGGAUCCUUGUCCCAGACACGCAUUUGGCGUUGCGCCCCGCUGCAGACCUCAGCUCGACAGGUAUGCGCCUCAGGGCGGCCGUCUCCUCCUCCUCCUCUUCCUCCUCCUCCU